GUUCGAUAACAUAAAUUGUUUUGAUCGCACGACUCGUGCGUCGGUUCCACAGUGAUAUUAUCUAUUAAGUGACGAAAUAAAUGUUAUAUUUAUUUCAAAAAUGGCCGCUAGUUAUGUUAAGAAAUGGUUAAGUGUCGAAGAUAAAGUUUUUUUAGUUACUGGAGGCGCUGCGGGUGUUGGUGCUGGGAUCGUCAGAGCUCUCUUACAUGAAAAUGCCAGGCACGUUGCCUUCCUCGACGUUGCAGACAGAGAAGGAUCAGCUCUCGAAUCUGAGCUGAUAACGAAAUACGGAGCUUUGAAAGCCAAGUUCAUAAAAUGUGACAUCGCUGAUGAUGGGCAGCUUGCAGCCGCUUAUAGGCAGGUCCUGGACAAGUAUCGAAGACUGGACGGAGUCAUAAACAAUGCUGCGGUACUGACUGUAGACGAAAGAAAUAUAAAGAGGAUGGUUGAUGUUAAUUUUACUGCAACAGUCAGCAGUACAAUGAAGGCGCUGGAAAUUAUGGGGGUCAAUAAAGGAGGCGUUGGGGGCACCAUCAUCAAUAUUUCAUCCCUGCUAGCACUCAACCUUGGCAGUCACCUUCCAGUCUACGCCGCAACUAAAACCGCUGUUCUGCAGUUCAGUAUUGCUAUGGGAGCGGAGGAAGCAUAUUCAGAGAGCAAAGUACGAGUCAUGACAGUCUGCCUCGGACCGACAGACACGGCCAUUUUGAACAGGAGCAACUUGGACAACUUCGACAAAGAUCAGCCAAUCGCGUCCCGAGUUGCCGUCAGACAGAAGGUUGAAUCAGCUGUUUCAGGAAUUUUGAAAGUCUUAGAAGAAGGAAAAUCCGGUUCUACGUGGAUUGUGAAAAACGACCAGAUGGCUUACGACUGCACAGAAACAUUAAAUCAGGCAUUUGCAGUCUUAUCUGAUACGUAAAUUCUUUCGAAUUUAAGGCUUAUUGUUAAACGA